AGAAGUUGACGCAUGGAACCCUAAAACGGACAAUGAGAUGAUUCAUCAAUGGCUACAUCCUUGGCUUCCUGUGUUAGGUGAACGUAUGGACCCAUUGUACGUGACAAUACGCCAGAAGUUCCGUGUAAUUUUACAAAGUUGGGAUCCUAUAGAUACAAAAGCGAUGACCAUCCUGCAUCCAUGGAAAAAUGUUUUUCCACCAGAAGACAUGCAACUAUUUCUUGUCAAAUCUAUUUUACCAAAGCUUUCUGAGAUGAUGCGAACAAGAUUCCAAAUCAAUCCUAGAAAGCAAGAGCUCG